UCCUUUCUUCUCCGCAGCGCAGCGUUCCCAUUUCUUCUCUUGUCAAGUAAUUAAUUAAUUCCGCGUUGGGGUUCGGCUUCCCGAUUCCCAUGGACGAAGUCCUCGUAGCAGCUGACGUUUCAUCCAAGCCCUCACUUCUCCCUGCAAAUCUCCCUCUCCUAUCCGCCUUCCUUUCCUUUGCGCUCGCUCAAUUUCUCAAGCUUUUCACUACCAGGUUCAAAGAGAAGAAAUGGGAUUCCAAAAGGAUGCUGGGGUCUGGUGGAAUGCCCUCAUCUCAUUCGGCCACUGUAGCAUCUCUAGCUGUAGCUAUUGGCUUGCAAGAAGGAACUGGGGGACCAGCUUUUGCACUUGCUUUGGUUCUGGCAUGCGUUGUGAUGUAUGAUGCUACUGGUGUUAGACUCCAUGCUGGUCGCCAAGCUGAACUAUUAAAUCAAAUUGUUUGCGAACUUCCUCCCGAGCACCCUGUCUCGACUGUUAGACCUCUACGAGAUUCGCUUGGCCAUACCCCGCUCCAGGUUGUUGCUGGUGCAUUGUUGGGAUGUAUAGUUGCAUAUCUGAUGAGAAUUCGAGCGUAGCAUUGCCAUCCGUAUCCGUAGAGGUGAGAAUCAAAGGCAUAUCUUGAAAAAUGCAAAUUGUGGCUUUGUGUGUUCAGUUGAAUGUUGUACAAAAGAAUAUUCAUACAUGUACUGAAUUUAAUUAACCUAUCACCACUUUCUUCAACAUCCUUAGCUUCCCACUUGGUGUAUAAACAGUCUUAUUGUUUCUCAAAAACAACAAAAAUAUGCAACUUUUGAAUGGCUGCCCUUAUCAAUCUCUUUUUCUAUUU